GGCCGCGCCCCCGGCGCGGAGACAAAGCCGGGGCCGAGCGCUGGCGGAGAGCGACAGGACCGGCCCCGCUGCGUGGACAGAGGGGAGGCUGCGGCGGGAGCUGAGCUGACUUCACCUCCUCACCCCGCGGCGAGGCUGUAGCCGAAAGCACGGCCUGGGAUCAUGGGGAGCAGCAAGAGCAAACCCAAAGACCCCAGCCAGCGCCGGCGCAGCCUGGAGCCCACUGACAGCACCCACCAUGGGGGUUACCCAUCCUCACAGACCCCCAGCAAAGCUCCUGCUCCCGAUGCCCACCGCACCCCCAGCCGCUCCUUUGGGACCAUGGCUGCAGAGUCCAAGCUCUUUGGAGGCUUCAACACCUCAGACACUGUCACCUCCCCACAGCGUGCCGGGGCUCUGGCUGGAGGAGUCACCACCUUUGUGGCCCUUUAUGACUACGAGUCCCGGACUGAAACGGACCUGUCCUUCAAGAAAGGAGAGCGCCUGCAAAUCGUCAACAACACGGAAGGUGACUGGUGGCUGGCCCAUUCCCUCACCACAGGACAGACGGGCUACAUCCCCAGUAACUAUGUCGCACCCUCAGACUCCAUCCAGGCUGAAGAGUGGUAUUUUGGGAAGAUCACUCGCCGGGAGUCAGAGCGGCUGCUGCUCAACCCUGAAAACCCCCGAGGGACCUUCCUGGUCCGGGAGAGUGAAACCACGAAAGGUGCCUACUGCCUCUCUGUCUCAGACUUUGACAAUGCCAAAGGGCUCAACGUGAAGCACUACAAGAUCCGCAAGUUGGACAGCGGAGGCUUCUACAUCACCUCCCGCACACAGUUCAACAGCCUGCAGCAGCUCGUGGCCUAUUACUCCAAACACGCUGAUGGCUUGUGCCACCGUCUCACCAACGUCUGCCCCACGUCAAAGCCCCAGACCCAAGGCCUUGCCAAAGAUGCCUGGGAAAUCCCCCGGGAAUCACUGAGGCUGGAGGUCAAGCUGGGGCAGGGCUGCUUCGGAGAGGUGUGGAUGGGGACCUGGAACGGCACCACCCGGGUGGCAAUCAAGACACUGAAGCCUGGCACCAUGUCCCCAGAGGCCUUCCUGCAGGAAGCCCAGGUCAUGAAGAAGCUCCGUCACGAGAAGCUGGUCCAGCUCUACGCCGUGGUUUCGGAGGAGCCCAUUUACAUUGUCACUGAGUACAUGAGCAAAGGGAGCCUCCUGGACUUCCUGAAGGGUGAGAUGGGCAAGUACCUGCGGCUGCCCCAGCUCGUGGAUAUGGCGGCUCAGAUCGCAUCCGGCAUGGCGUACGUGGAGAGGAUGAACUACGUGCACCGGGACCUCCGGGCAGCCAACAUCCUGGUGGGGGAGAACCUGGUAUGCAAAGUGGCUGACUUUGGCUUGGCACGACUCAUCGAGGACAACGAGUACACUGCUCGGCAAGGUGCCAAGUUCCCCAUCAAGUGGACGGCCCCCGAAGCUGCUCUCUAUGGCAGGUUUACCAUCAAGUCAGAUGUCUGGUCUUUCGGCAUCCUCCUGACUGAGCUGACCACCAAGGGCAGAGUGCCAUACCCAGGGAUGGUGAACAGGGAGGUGCUGGACCAGGUGGAGCGGGGGUACCGUAUGCCCUGCCCGCCCGAGUGCCCCGAGUCCCUGCACGACCUCAUGUGCCAGUGCUGGCGGAAGGACCCGGAGGAGCGACCAACCUUUGAGUACCUGCAGGCUUUCCUGGAGGACUACUUCACCUCAACAGAGCCCCAGUACCAGCCCGGAGAGAACCUAUAGACCCGGAGCUGCUCCUGGCACCAGAAACGCUGCAACCCGGGCUGUGGGGUGCUGAGGUUUUACCUCUCCCACCAGGGGAUGGUUUUUGGGGAGCAGCCCCGGAGCUGGGAUGGGGCAUCACCUCCGGAUGUGGCCUGAGGAGGGGCUGAGUCCCCCAAAGCUCUUUUAGACUUCUGGCCUUAACCAGAAAGACUUCUGGUUUAACCACGCUGGCAAGAGGAGCCUGUGGGCACCUGGCCUGGGAGGGUGAGAGGAGCAUCUUCCACUGAGAGACUUGGCUUUUGGGAGACCUUUCCCCCUGCCCAGCAGCUCUGGGGUGAGCACAGAGGUGUGGAAAAACAUGUCCUCCUUUGUGUCCUCCGACACGGAGGAACUGGGGGACUGCAUCACCCCCACAUCACCCCACCUUAGCCAUGCAGCCCCAGCCUCCUCCACCCCUUUCUGAAUCAGCACAAAUUUCCCUGCCCCUCUGCCCUCCCCACCAUCCCCCUCCUUUGCUCCCAUUCCCUGAAGGUGCUGGCAGAGACAUUUCACCAUGGGGACGGCACAAGCCCUGGAUGAUUCGGAUGGGGUGAUGUGCCAGGGUGGUGGUGGCAGUGUGGUGUGGCAGUGGCGUGCUGGUAGUCCCCUUCCUUGGGUGUCCCUCCAGCUGAGCAGCACUAACAAACAGCAGUAGCAUCAGAUGUGGCUGCUCAUGGCUCCCUGUCCCAUGGGAGCACCCAGGUGUGUGCUCCACUCUCCCAUCUGCAUCUGUCCCCCUGGGGGACUCAUCUUGUCUAUCCUGGGAGCAGCACCCCGGGGGGGUGGGGGGGAGGAGAGCAGCAGAAGUCCCUCACCCUUCCUGCAGCCACCCUGACUGCCUGCUCUCCCACCCAGCACUCCUGGUCUUCCAGCCACCUCCUGGGAAGCACCCCACGGCUCCCAGGGAGCACCCCACAGCCCCCAGCCACCUUCCAGCUGGCCCUGCCACCAAAUCCAGUGCUGCAGGGCUCAGUGUAUGGCACGGGAGGUUGUUGAGUGUAGAAGGGAAAUAACUCAUUGUUCGUGGCUGCUUUUUGUUGGCACAGUAGGUUUUUAGCUGCCUCCCCUCCCAGUGCCCCUCGUGUCUUGGCUGCCAGGCUGUGAUGUCCAUGUGGUGGGAGCAUCCCCAGCCAUGAGCUGUCAUCCCAAAGGAGAAGCCUGGGAAGCACUGUGCCAGACAGGAGACAUCUGCCUUCUCACCUCCCCUCUACCCACUCCCCAAGCCCUCAGGCACAUUUUGCAGUGGGUGGCUGUCUGUGCAUCCAGUCCCUGCACUCUCCCACCUGCCACCUGCCUUGUACAUACCCCUGGAGCAGCCCCCACACCCCUCCCAGACCUUUACUUCGUUGCAUGUGUCAGUUUCCCCCCCUUCUGCAGCUGUGCCCAGCUGGAAACCCUUUGCCAUGGUGGCUCACAAGGCUUUGCUCCCUCACCCCUCAGGUCCCCAGGCACCCUUGUGCCCCUUGCUCAGAAAGACCUGGGGAGCUCUUUGGAUGCUCUGCUGGGCCAGGGAUGGGCUGGAGGGGUGCUGGCCCAGUAUGCACCCCCAGGAAGGACCUGAAGAAGGGGAACCAGCAGCUUUGCCCACCUCUUGCUCCUGGAGCAGUGGAUUUUCUGUGCUUCCACCUGGCUUGUGGGAUGGGGUUUCCCUCCAGCACAGCCUCCUUGCAGGCAGCAGACCCAAACCACCCCUCACCAGUCCCCCCAGUGCUGCCAGUGUCCCCUGAAAGCUGGGUGGGAGCUGAACAUGAGCAGGGGGGUAGCUGAAACCUCCUUCCCUCCCCAAAUCCCCCCCCCCACCAGUGCAGGGCCCGGGCACACCACUGCUUCCCACUCACCCAGCUGCUGAUUUCUGAACCAAGUGCUCACUCAGUUGGUUGGUGGCUCCUUUUUAAUGAGAAAAACCUACAAAAUCAGCUUGGAUGGGCUCAUCAGCAAUACAGAGAGAUCCUGAUUUUGGUGGCUUGGAGAGCAGUGACAAGGUUAAUGGAAUUUUUUUUUCAAAUCAUUUUGGGCCUGGAAGCCUUUUCUCUCUCUCCCACUUUCUAGCAGAUUGGCUGUGCCUGCAUUUCUGUCCUUGGGCAGGGACUCUACAGACCUUGAUGUUCUGGGUCUUCCCAUUAUGUGCAUCAUCCCUGGGACAGAGGCUGCCAGAGAAACCCCAUCCCAUGGCAGCUGGUCCCAGGGGUGUCCUCUGCCAGAAAUGAUAUGGAAUCAGGAGAAACCUCUUUAAACUGCAGUGACCACAAGCCAGAUUUGCUCUGAAAGCUGGGGAGAGAGAAGGCAAGCACACAUGGUAAGGUGACAGACAGGGUCUUGCAGGAGCACAGUGGGAUGGGGCCAGGCUGAACCCACUGGUUUCAUUUCCUGGCUCUUUCUGGCAACUGGCAGAGCAAGAACCCACCCUUGGCACAAGGAACAUCCUGGGCUGGCUUAUUUUUGGUGAGCUCUGAUGAAGAAGACAGUAAAGCAACACCAAGUCCCCCCUGCACACACAUGUCUACAUGUCCCUGUGUCCAUCCCUGUGUCUUGGUGGCACCCAGCAUCCCAGGACUCACUGCUGCAGCCAGCACAACCCACAGAUUGAGGGCCUCUCCUCCAUCACCAUCAUCAUCUGCCAAUUUAUUUUUUUAAGCCAAUAAACUCCAGAGGGGAGUCCCCACAUAAGGAUGCUCUUUGGCUUCCCGGGAUCACUGACACCCUACAGCUCCUCUGCUGUUACCAUUUUUUUUAAACAGUGUUUUUUAAGAUCUCCAACCAACUAUGCAGAGAACACGUGGAUCUGUGUCUCUCUCCCUAGCUCCCCUCUCCCCCACCUCUGCCUUUUUCAGUGUCAA